UCUGGUCAGGCUGUGUCAGCAGGGCUGGCCAAUCAGAAGAGGUGUAAAGAGAAUUGCCUUGGCGGGACUAGCGCCAAUUGCAAAGCACUGCAGAAGUCCAUGAUCUUGAAUGGGAGCUUCUCACAGUACACACCUAUUUCGAAGCUCAACAUCUUCAACGCACGCCACAGCUGCCGAAACCGCCCGUGUGUCCUUGUUCAUCCUUCGAAAUGGCGUCUCAGCGGUUGGCGCUGAAUCUCCAGCGUUCCCUUCGAAGCCGGCAAGCUCUCAAGGCUAUUCAAUCGCCUCUCCGCCGCUACGCCAACCCAGUCACUCCUACCAGAACCGAGAGCACUACACUUUCCAACGGUCUGACGAUUGCGACCGAACACUCACCAUGGGCGCAGACCUCGACAGUUGGUGUUUGGAUCGAUGCUGGAAGUCGAGCAGAAACAGACAAGACCAAUGGCACCGCUCAUUUCCUUGAGCAUCUCGCCUUCAAGGGCACUGGGCGACGCAGCCAGCACCAGCUCGAGCUGGAAAUUGAGAAUAUGGGCGGCCACCUGAACGCCUACACCUCGCGAGAAAACACCGUUUAUUACGCGAAAUGUUUCAACUCCGAUGUUCCCAAGACGGUCGAUAUUCUGUCCGAUAUCCUUCAGAACUCAAAACUCGAUCCGGCCGCCGUCGAACGAGAACGUGAUGUUAUUUUGCGGGAACAAGAAGAGGUUGACAAACAACUAGAAGAGGUGGUUUUCGAUCAUCUACACGCCACCGCCUACAUGAACCAGCCUCUCGGACGAACAAUUCUCGGACCAAGGGAGAACAUUGAGACAAUCUCUCGUCAGGACCUAGUGGAUUAUAUCAGCACCAAUUACACGGCCGAUCGCAUGGUUCUUGUCGGCGCGGGUGGCAUUCCGCACGAGCAGCUCGUCCAGCUUGCCGAGAAACACUUUGGCUCGCUCCGAACGGCGCCAGCCACCUCGUAUGCUGCUGAAUUGGCUGCUGAGCAAAAGCGCAAGCCCGAGUUCAUUGGUUCCGAGGUCAGAAUUCGGGAUGACACGAUCCCUACUGCACACAUUGCGAUUGCCGUUGAAGGUGUCAGCUGGAAGGAUGACGACUACUUCACGGCGCUCGUCACCCAGGCGAUUGUUGGCAACUGGGACCGCGCCAUGGGCAAUUCCCCUUAUCUGGGCAGCCGUCUGAGCACUUUCGUCCAUGCCAAUGAACUGGCCAACAGCUUCAUGAGUUUCUCCACCAGCUACAGUGAUACCGGACUAUGGGGUAUUUACCUUGUGUCUGAGAACAAGACCCAGCUCGACGAUCUCGUCCAUUUCACUCUUCGAGAAUGGACCCGACUGUGUUUCAAUGUUUCCGAGGCCGAGACCGAACGGGCUAAGGCUCAAUUGAAAGCCUCGAUCCUACUGUCUCUUGACGGCACGACUGCGGUGGCCGAGGACAUUGGCCGACAGAUUGUGACUACCGGAAGAAGGAUGGACCCUGCAGAGAUCGAAAGGGUAAUUGGUGCCAUCACCGAGAAGGAUGUGAUGCGCUUCGCCCAGAAGAAGAUCUGGGAUCGCGACAUUGCUAUUUCCGCCGUGGGCUCGAUCGAAGGCCUCCUUGACUACAACCGGAUAAGAAACGACAUGAGCCGCAACGCGGCGUAGGCGGGUUUAUUCCGGAGAGAAGUCGAGUGUUUUGGCAGAGCUGUGCUGAGGUAGAAGACUUUGUAUUGUACAGUUGCAGCUUAAUUCGAAAGAAUUGCAGUUAUACUUCCCUG